CAACCAGGAAACAAGCAAGACCAGAGACUGCAAUCAAAUGUAACGACAUCUUCAAACCCUUAACUGGACAACACAAACUUAUCAGAACUGUGCUGACAAAGGAGUCGCUGGCAUUGGAAAAACAGUCUCUGUGCAGAAGUUCAUUCUGGACUGGGCUGAAGGAAAUGCAAAUCAGGAUGUCCAAUUUGUGUUUUCAUUCCCUUUCCGGGAGCUGAAUUUGAUGAAAGGGGACAAACACACUUUCAUUAAACUUCUCAAUCACUUCUCAAUGGAAACCGAACAAUCAAGAAUCUCCAACUACGACAAGUACAAAGUUCUGUUAAUCUUUGAUGGUCUGGAUGAGUGCCGACUGCCCCUAGACUUCCAGAAGAACAAGAUCUGUUGGGACGUCACAGAGUCAACCUCAGUGGAUGUUCUGCUGACAAAUCUCAUCAAGGGAAAUCUGCUUCCCUCUGCUCUCCUCUGGAUAACUACCAGACCUGCAGCAGCCAAUAAGAUCCCUUCAAGGUGUGUUGACCAGGUAACAGAGGUACGAGGGUUCAAUGACACACAGAAGGAGGAGUACUUCAGGAAGAGAUUCAGUGAUGAGGACAUGGCCAGCAGAAUCAUCUCACACAUAAAGACAUCAAGGAGCCUCCACAUCAUGUGCCACAUUCCAGUCUUCUGUUGGAUUUCUGCAACAGUCCUUGAACACAUGCUGGAACAUAAGAGAGAAGAGAUGCCCAAGACUCUGACUGAGAUGUACACACACCUUGUGGUGUUUCAUAUCAAACAGAAGAAUGAAAAGUAUCUUGGGAAAGAAGAGACAGGUCCACACUGGAAUAAAGAGAGCAUUCUGUCACUAGGAAAACUGGCUUUUCAACAGCUUGUGAAUGGCAAUCUGAUUUUCUAUGAAGAAGACCUGAAAGAGGCUGGCAUUGAGGUCAAUGAAGCCUCAGUGUACUCAGGAUUGUGCACACAGAUCUUUAAAGAGGAAUGUGGGCUGUACCAGGACAAGGUGUACUGCUUUGUUCAUCUGAGCAUUCAGGAGUUUCUGGCUUCUGUAUAUGUGUUCCUCUCAUUCAUCAACAACAAUGAGAAUCUAAUGGAUGAACUGCAAACAAAAGACAAUCCUGAAGUUACUGUCUACAAGAGUGCUGUGGAUAAAGCCUUACAAAGUGAGACGGGAAACCUGGACCUUUUCCUCCGCUUCCUUCUGGGCCUCUCACUGGAGUCCAAUCAGAAGCACUUACGAGGUCUACUGACAAAGACAAGAAGCAGCUCACAGAGCCAUGAAGAAACAGUCAAGUACAUCAAGAAGAAGAUCAGGGUGAAUCUCUCUCCAGAGAGGAGCAUCAAUCUGUUCCACUGUCUGAAUGAACUGAAUGACCAUUCUCUAGUGGAGGAGAUCCAAAGAUACCUGAGCUCAGGAAGUCUCUCAAAACCCAACCUGUCACCUGCACAGUGGUCAGCUCUGGUCUUUGUGUUGCUGACUUCAGAAAAGGAGCUGGAUGUGUUUGACCUGAAGAAAUACUCCAGAUCAGAGGAAGGUCUUCUGAGGCUGCUGCCAGUGGUCAAAGCCUCCAGAGCUGCUCUGCUGUCAGGCUGUGGAGUCACAGAGGAAGGCUGUGCUUCUCUGGUCUCAGCUCUGAGGUCAAACCCCUCACACCUGAGAGAGCUGGAUCUGAGUAACAAUGACCUGAAGGAUUCAGGAGUGAAGCUGCUCUCUGCUGGACUGGGGAAUCCCCACUGUAAACUGGAGACUCUGAGGCUGUCAGGCUGUCUAGUCACAGAGGAAGGCUGUGCUUCUCUGGUCUCAGCUCUGAGGUCAAACCCCUCACACCUGAGAGAGCUGGACCUGAGUAACAAUGACCUGAAGGAUUCAGGAGUGAAGCUGCUCUCUGCUGGACUGGGGAAUCCCCACUGUAAACUGGAGACUCUGAGACUCACUGUCUGUAAACUCACAGACACAUCCUGUAAAGAGUUGGCCUCAGUUCUCAGUUCAAACCCCUCACAUCUGAGAGAGCUGGAUCUGAGUAACAAUGACCUGAAGGAUUCAGGAGUGAAGCUGCUCUCUGCUGGACUGGGGAAUCCCCACUGUAAACUGGAGACUCUGAGACUCACUGUCUGUAAACUCACAGACACAUCCUGUAAAGAGUUGGCCUCAGUUCUCAGUUCAAACCCCUCACACCUGAGAGAGCUGGAUCUGAGUAGCAAUGACCUGAAGGAUUCAGGAGUGAAGCUGCUCUCUGCUGGACUGGGGAAUCCCCACUGUAAACUGGAGACUCUGAGGCUGUCAGGCUGUCUAGUCACAGAGGAAGGCUGUGCUUCUCUGGUCUCAGCUCUGAGGUCAAACCCCUCACACCUGAGAGAGCUGGACCUGAGCUACAAUCACCCAGGAGACUCAGGAGUCAGACUGCUCUCUGCUGGACUGGAGGAUCCACACUGCAGACUGGAGAAACUCAAUGUGGAACAUGGUGGAGAGAACAGAAUGAAACCAGGACUUAGAAAAUAUGUCUGUGAUCUCACACUGGACCCAAACACAGUAAACAGACGCCUCUCUCUGUCUGAGGAGAACAGAAAGGUGACAUGGAGGAGAGAGAAGCAGCCGUAUCCUGAUCACCCAGAGAGAUUUGAGGGCUAUAGACAGGUGCUGUGUAGAGAGGGUCUGACUGGGCGCUGUUACUGGGAGGUAGAGUGGAAUGGGUACAGGAUUGGGAGAAGGGCUGAUAUAGGAAUGACAUAUAAAGGAAUCAACAGGAGAGGAAGGGUUGAUGACUGUUGUCUUGGAUACAAUGACAAGUCCUGGAGUCUGUUCUGCUCUGACAACAGUUACAGAGCCUGGCACAAUAAUAAUCCCACUACCAUAGUCGUCCCCUCCUCCAGCUCCCACAGAGUAGGAGUGUAUCUGGACUGGCCAGCCGGCACUCUGUCCUUCUAUAGAGCCUCCUCUGACACACUGACCCACCUGAUCACAUUCACCUCCACAUUCACUGAGCCCCUCUAUCCAGGGUUUAGGGUUUGGGGUGAUGGUGACUCAGCGUCCCUGAAAUAAGUGAACACACACACUGGACAGAGACACACACACUGGACAGAGACACACACACUGGACAGAGACACACACACUGGACAGAGACACACACACUGGACAGAGACACACACUGGACAAAAACACACACACACACUGGACAAUCACACACACACUGGACAAAAACACACACACACACACACUGGACAAAGACACACACACACACACACUGGACAAACACACACUCACACUGGACACACACACACACUGGACACACACACACACGACACACACAGGUCACACACACACACUCUGGACACACACACACACACACUCACACACACACACACACACACUGGACACACACACACUCUGGACACACACACACUCUGGACACACACACACACUGGACAGAGACACACACACUGGACAGAGACACACACACUGGACAGAGACACACACACUGGACAGAGACACACACACUGGACAGACACACACACA